AUGGGCCCGCUGUUCCCCGAACACAUAACCAUCUACGCCAAGAGCCAUCUGGCUGAACAGAUAAACGAAAGAUUGGCCUGGCCGAUCGAUAUCCUCAUCGGGGAAACUACCGUUGUGCAAAGUUGUAAACUCAAAGACCCUUUGACUAACGCAGAGAAAGAGGAAUGCUGUUGGUAUCUGGAGAACUUCGUUGCGGAGGCACCAUAUUCCACAACCCGGGCCCAGAAAGCUGCAAAGGUUCUGAAAUCCUACGCAGAGGCCUUGCAGCAAGAUCUCAACCUGCUUGGCCUUACUCCAGACACAGAUUGCUCUCUCUCAAAUAAACGAAGAACGUUGGUGAUUGAGGUCAAAGAAGAUUCACUAGAUGAGAAAACCUCACAGAAUUCGAUACAUCAACUUCACUGGGAACUUCUUGAGCAACCAAAUCUUUGGACCCAAAAUAUUGUCAAAGUUCAAGUCCGGAGAGGAAUUGCUGAGCCACCUCCCGACGCCGCUGCUAAUAUCAUAACUUCACUUUCACCACGCGAGCAAAGCUUCAACGUGCUACUAGUCAUCGCUCGAGAUACCUCCAGGGGACUCAAGAGGCUUGAGAUUGACCCCAACUGUGCGUCUGCAAUCCUUACAGCAGUCCAAAGGAGCGUUAAUGGGGCACGUGGUUCCAUCAAAAUCAAUCUGGAGGUUGUCAGGCCGGGGACUUUAGACUCCUUAGAGGAACACCUUGCAAGAGCAGAGAAUCAACACCAUCCUGGAUACUUUCACUUGGUUCAUUUCGACCUCCAUGGUGCUGUGAGAAAGAAGCGUAAUUCAGCUGUUCUCUUAUUCAGCAAACGAAACUCUGAUGGCGCGGUUUCGGAUGAGACGACCAGGAUAGAUGCACAUCAUGUCGCGAAAAUCCUCCAAAGAUAUGCAGUUAGGAUGGUGGUUUUGAAUGCCUGCGAGUCUGCGAGGGCAAAUUGUGGAGAUGACUCCAAUGUAGCAAAGAUCUUUGCAAAGCAUGGCAUCAAAAACAUUAUUGCAAUGUCUUUCAGAGUUCUCGAAAGUGCUUCGAAGGUAUUCCUUACUUCCUUUUAUCAGGGUCUCCUGCUAGAUAGAAUGGACUUCCCUACAGCAGCGUCAAACGCGAGGGAUAUGCUUCGGCAGGAAUCAGAUCGAGAAGCAAGAUUCAACCUGAAGAGGACACUUCUUGACUGGUUUAUUCCCGUUUCCUACUGCUAUGGUCCUCUGGAGGAACGCCUCUUUGAGGCCCAGAGUCAUUACAUAGCCCCGAUCAACAGUCCUACCAGUCAAACACUUCCCAUGGAUGAUAGUACUCCCAUACACACCAACUUCGUGGGACGAGACUUCGACAUACUCCGAUUGGAGAAGAGGUUGCUGGGACAGCCAUUCGAAAAUGGGGAAACCAGUGCUAUGAAGGCACUUUACCUGUAUGGAGUCCCUGGCGUUGGGAAAUCGGCAUUUUUGAAGAAUCUAGGGUCACUUUGGAGGAGUACGUCUUUUGUUGCUGCUGUAAUCUACAUUGAUUUCACGGUCACCUCAAUUCGAAGUCGAGAAGCGCUCCUCACCGAGCUACUCGCACAAUUGCCUCAUGGCGAAUCCACAGUCAGUGACGCACCCGCGGAUACAGUUGCUACGAAGGAAAGAAAGGUUUUGCGGCUCUUUCAGCAACUCCGUUUUGCUCUGAUACUUGAUGGAAUACACGGUCUUACCGCGCUCGAGCCUGGAAAUCGAACUGCAAAUAUCGCCACCUCCGAAAUCAACAAAUUUCUAAUGGAGCUCACCAAGUCACAACAGGAAUCCACCAAUGAGCCUUGUGGCUUCUGUGUAAUUGCUGGUCGAUCUAAGGCUAAGCCUCACUGGCUCGAUGUUUGGUCGAGUAUGGCUGUACUCGAACUCAUUCCGUUGGAACAUCCGCUUUCUGGAGAUUUUCUGAGAGCGACUAUGUUACACAAACAUGCAGAUAUCGACAACAACCAGGACGCGAGGGGGAUCGACUAUUUUGAGCUUCUGGUAAAUCUACUUCAAGGAAUACCCGCUGCCCUGUUAUACUUUGGUAACUUGGCAAGAACCUAUUCAUACCCUGUGGUUCAGUUAUACGAAAUGCUUCACGGUGGAUAUUUAAGUAGAGAAUUGCUACUCCACUCGGACUACGACCUGGGGGGCAUCUUCAGAGAGUUGGAACGCAAUAUCAACAACUCACCAAAGAACUUACUGCCAGUACUGAUAACACUCGGCUGGUAUUGGCAUGAAGGGCCGCCUAUACACUUGUUUCGGAAGAUGUUGACCGAAUUCAAGAUCUGUCUGUUCGAGUCAGAUAUUGACCGAGCUCUAGAGUUGGCAUCAAAAUGGGGCUAUAUUGAUCUAGGAUGUGGCGACAAGAUCGAAUGGGUCCACCCACUAUUUACUAUAUAUUGCAGAGUGCUGGCCUGCUCAAAAGAUCAAUCUCUACCAAAUUUGACAACAGGAAGUUGGGCAUCGUUCUCCAAAUCUUUCGCCUGCAGUGUCAUGGGACACGUACAACGCGGGCCUCGAAACCUAGUUUCCUUUGCUACAGAGUCUCCAGGCGGCCUGCACGACGCGGUUCAGUUUCUCACGACUUCCUUGAGUUCCGAGAUUCUAAGACAACUCAACUUCCAGUAUUUUCGCUUUACGCAAACGGUGAUGAGCGGUAUGGACAGUCCAAUCAAUCCACUGUUCCAAAUUCCCUUAGGCCCGCAAAAUGCUGUCGCUAGCCCCAAAGAAAUCCGGAGAUUGAGCGAACGUGGCCUACAAAACAUUCUUUUUGCAUGCAAGAUUUGUAUCGGGGGAGGUCCGACUGCUUUACCUGUACUAUUGUGGCCCCGUUUAAGUUUUGAUUUUUAUGGAAUGAGCUUCCGAAAAGUCGCUACCGACUCCGAAAUCAGGGCAGUUUCUGAGUUGUUCGAACAACUGCUUGAAAAAUCAGUUUGUCACAGCCAGGCUAGUCGAGGUGGGCCGUUCUAUGAACACCGGGAACUAGGUUGUAUCCUCAGUCUUGCCGGUUCUCUCGCUACCAUACACUCCAAGUAUAUCCACUCACCAACCUCGGAAAACCAAAAAGCCCGAAAAUUCGUCAAACUGGGAGAGGAUGCACUCCAUCAAUCAGAGGGAAAAUAUGGCAUUGUAUCAGAUCCCGGAGUCCUCCUACCGAAAAGCAUUCUAUUCAUAGCAAAGGCAGAGCUAUGCCUAGCUGAAGGCAACGAGGAAGAAGCUGAUACUGCUUGGGCAGUUAUGCUCGAAUCUGGCAAGCAAGCGAUGAGAGGAUUCGAGGCAAUCCUUUCAAGCACCAUGAUACCCGAAAUCUCCGCGACUCAAUCUCCAAGAUUCGUGUUCGAUCAAAUGAGAGCUUGGUACAAGUCACUGGAGAAAGUUUGGGACAUAUUUAAGAGCAGGGUUCGUGGUGAGAGGUUUGAGAGGUCACAAAUGAAAGGUAGCAGCUUGACGCUCCACGACAAGGAGAGCAGUUUGGUGGACCUUCUUUUCGACCUGCAGAACCCAGAUGUACAGCUUGGUGCGAUAGAACGUGCUCUUGGACCGGGAGGAAACCCUGUCACCGCCGUUCACUAUCACAAGGAAUUGAUCAUCGAUGCCAUGGUUAGUCUUGAUACCGACGAAGCGAGUAACCAUCUUGACGCCGUUGCAAAUAUCCUUUCACAGGAUCCCUCUUCUGCUACUGUGGUCGAAAAUAUCCGUAUUAUCAAAGAAAGUUACGCUAAGGAAGGAUCUUUACAACAACUCUUGAUGUCAGAGCAGCAACCAGAUUCCAGCUCUGUGAAACAAACAUAUCCAGAGAUGAUGGAUAACGAAUUGAGUAUCUUAAAAAGAACCGGAGCUCCACCACAAGCGAUCAAAUACCUGGAAACGUUGAAGGAAACCUUCAAAGACACCAAUCCUGAUUCUUUUAGAAUUGGACUACAAGACUCAGAAACAAGAGAGUCGGUUCAGAAAUUUAUGCAGAGUUAUCUUCCCCGGCUUGCCAACGAGAGAACCAAAGAGAAGACAUUGGAUAUGUUAGUGGAGACAGCACUCCUUUACCAAGGCGUCGAAAAUGCUGAGAAAGACGGGGAUUACCAUUCUACGAUAGAGGUUAUUGAUCGUGCAGACCGUCUCUCUGGUCCUGAUGGCGUGCCAGAGUUGGUAGCAAUGUGCUUGCCACAAACCGCACGUUAUCGCCUGCUCCUCGCGGGCCUGAAGAAGGUCGCCGCUUCCUUGAAGGACGAUAUACCAGUUGAGAAAGUUGAGCAGAUACGCGCAGAUCUGCCGCAUCUCGUCGCAGAACUCCAGAAAAGUGCACCGCCAGACUCUGAAUUCCUCUCGCCAAACUAUUUCGCGGACCUGUUUCGUUCUAUCGAGCAUACAUAUAGCAUUCGACUUACACUGGAAGCUAAUGCCGCCCGCCAGAGACGGGAUCAUUCGAAAUGCUUUGCUGACCUCGACAAAUUUUUUACACUUCUCGAUUCUGGGUCUUUAAUCUUCUCUACUCCUGAAAUACGAGAGGAGAGCAUUUCUUUCGCACGGAAAACACAGUUUUUGGCACGCAUCGAACAGGCAGUGCGGUCCAAGAACUGGAAAUCUGGGGUGACCUGCUGCCGAGAAUGGGAAGAAGACUACAAAAGUCUGUGGGAGCAGACAAUGGACUCACCUGACGGGCCCCCUGUGAGAGAUAUGCGAGACACUUGUGAAUUAUCUUACUAUGUGAGCCAGCUGAUGGCAUCCUACACGGAAUUAAAUAUCUCAGAUGCAUUUCAGCACCUGGAGAAGUUGGAAACAUUGUAUGUUAGGCAGCGGAAACUGCCAAAGGGAAUUGAGAGGGCGACUCCGGAAAUUACCAAGGAGGUGUUGGAGCAGUUCGAGCAGAGCCUGAGACGCGCAAGUGAGCUGGUGAUUGAACGGGGUUUUGAAGCUGCCAAGGCAAUUGUUUCGCAAAUCGCGGCUGAAGAAAGAGAAAAUCACGGAGACAAUUUCGGCUGA